AUAAUUAAUAAAAUAGCAUCGAUGCACUUAUUAAAAGCAUUGGUCUAACCGAUAUAAUAAUAGCUCUGGUAGUUUACUACAUAGCACGUUUCUACACAAAUCGCUACAAUUAUCCACCCGGACCAUUUCCGUUACCAUUAAUUGGAAAUGUGCUUGAAUUUCGCAAAUACAAACGCCAUUGGUCGGAGGAGAUUGUUCAUUUUAAGGACAAAUAUGGCCCAGUGUUUACACUAUGGAUCGGACCCCUGCCAUUUGUAAUCAUCUGCGACCUCGAUAUAGCCCGCGAAUCAUAUAGUAAAGUUGAAUUUUGUGGACGUCCAGCAAUGCCACUGGCUAAAAUAUUCUGCAAUGAAAAGCAUAAGGAUGUCUUACUCAACGAUUAUGGUAAAAGUUGGGAAAGUCUACGGCGCGUGGCGCAUAAAACUAUCCGAAAUUACGCCAAAACACAGGCAUUGUCCGAAGUGGUGGCCAAUAAUGUGCGCCAAAUGGUUGAUAGCAUUAUCACUACUGAAGGCAUCGGUAAACCAUUUCCAGCCAAACUCUACGCAUACAAUCUGUUCGCCAAUAUCUUAGGCUCAGUUGUAUUCAGCGAAAAGUUUGACAUCGAACAACCAGAGUUAAAAAAGUUUAAAUAUAUCACCACCGACUUUCAAACUGACCUGGGCAGCUCGAUGUUUGUUUACGAGUUUAUACCGAUUGUCCGUUAUUUUAUGGCAAACCCUUUGGCUAAAUAUGAACAAUACUUCAACGAAAUGAAGAAUUUUACGCGAAAUAUAUACCAAAAACACAGCAAAACAUAUAACAGCAAGAAUUUGCGUGACUUUUGUGAUAUACUUAUUGCCGCCAAACACGAGGCCAUUGCCGACGACAAACAGUCGGCACAAUAUUUCACCGAUGAUAACCUGUUGGCGACAUUAAGCGACCUGUUUAUAGGUGGUGUGGAGACAUCGCAAAGUACAUUUCUGUGGAUAAUGCUAUUCAUGGCAUACUAUCCGGAUUACCAGGAUAAAUUGCACAAUGAGAUCAGUCAUGAGAUCGGCGAUCGGGUGCCUGUGAUUGAGGACAAGUCUCUGCUUAACUAUACGCUGGCGUUUGUAUCCGAGAUAUUACGGUACAAAAAUCCUGCGCCGAUGGGUGUCUUUCACAAGGCUCUGGUCGACAGUAAAUUGGGUGAACAUCCGGUGCCAGAAGGAACCAGCUUGUUGGUUCAUCAAUCAUGGAUCAUGAUGGAUCCAAAACAUUGGACUAAUCCGGACAAAUUUGAACCAGAGCGAUUUCUCGACGAGCAUGGUCAAUAUUUGCAAACAAAAUUCGCCGCUUAUAUGCCGUUUAGUUGCGGUCGCCGUAUAUGUCCGGGAGAGACCCUGGCUAUCAAUGAUCUAUUUUUAAUAUUGGUCAAUUUUUUGCAACUCACUAAGGAUUAUCGUAUUGAGUUGCAUACUGAGCAUGGUGAGAAUACGCGGGAUGUGAUUGAGCCUGAUUUGAGUACACAAGCCUUAGCACCGGUCGUAGCCAUAGAUGGCGAUUAUUGUGGCAUAAAAUGCGAACCGAAUGUGAGACAAGUAACUUAUUUUACGGGUAAACCAAUCAGCAGUUCU